GUAGCGCGACCGGAUACAGAACCAUGUGUUUUCACAAUUGAGGCAUAUUUCCGCUGCAAUUUCUCAGCUACUUAUAAAAUAAAACCACGCUGUCGGGAAGAUAUCGGAAACUCUGCCACGGACUUGGGCUACGCAGUACACGUUUGAAUACACCAUCGCCGUCUAGUCUGCAGUUUUGCAAGAAGCCCGAAAAGUUCAAACAUUGAUUUGUCGCCAUUACACAGUGAGUUUGGAAAAGUUGUCAAGGGGUGUUGGUAUACGUGUAAGUAACUUGUUUGCACACGUCUUUGCCUUUCUCACAUCAUCGGAAAAUUUUGAAAAUACUUUGGCCAAGUUAAUAUCAUAUUUGGGGACACAUUACAAUACAGACGCGGGCUACAACUUGAUAGAACAAUGCAGAGUAUACACUCGGCAAUUCUUGUGCUCCUUCUUCUUCGGUGUGCCGUGGAGGCCUCGGGUCCGGGUCCGGCCGGACCGAGAGGCAAACCCGGCUCGCGAGCUCCAGCAAUACCGCGUGGGAUACCGGGAACGUCAACACAACGACAGCCAACUGAUGUCACGACCAUCACGAUAAGCAACACAACAGUGGGUCUGUGCAAAGACAAGCAUUUCUGCAGUAGGCUUGGCUGUCAGCCGCGGGCUGAUAUACCCGCCCAACUCUGCUACUGCGAUCCAGAGUGCGUGGCGUUUGACGACUGCUGUUACGACUACCCGGAGACUUGCGGGACGGAUCAGGGGGCGGAGGAAGCCGAUUUUGCUGGAGGAAGUAACACCGAAAAUGAGAUCGAGAAUCUCUCCUGCAUUUCACCGUACCGACGAUCAAACAGCUACUAUCUCGUCACCACCUGCCCUGCCGACGCUCCUGACGCCCAGACGGCUGUUCGAUGUCGAGACCCACACCCAGAUGACGGUUUAUCCGCCGUUCCCUCGUACAGCAAGAUCAGCAAGAAACACUUCCGGAACAUCCACUGUGCCCUAUGCAACGGGGAGAAUCUGGCGGACUUAGUCGCUUGGAAAAUAGUCGUUGAGUGCCGGAGCGAAAGUUUAAGCCUCAGAGCAGUCACUCUCCUGCAGAGCUCGAUCAGAAAUCUCCGCAGGGUGGAAUCAGAGUUUAACUGUGACGUCAUGAUGGAGUUUCCGGAGGGGGACGCGGAGGAGGUUUCACCGCCACGUCAUUGUUACCCGGAUGUGGUCCAUCAGUGUAUAAGUCCCCAACAUCCUCUCACCGACGCAUGCGAGUCGUACACGGCCUACACCACGAUCUCUCGACCGUACAGCGGAGUUUACAAAAACCCGCACUGUGCGUUGUGUAACGUCCCGUACGGGCCUGACCGAUUAGAGUACGCCACGGAUUGCCAGGAAGAACUACCUGUAUUUUAUCCAAAUCCUCCAAUCGGACCCUUUCCGCCGACGGCAGGACCCUUUCCACCGACGGCAGGUCCGGAACUGAAGCCCGGCAGGCCGGGUCCUGAGGGACAACCCGGUCCUGGAGGAGAACCCGGUCCUGGAAAACAACCAGGAGUCAUUCCACCUAUCUCUAUCCUCUUUGAUUUCCGCUCCGACAGCAGCGUGAGAAUCGAACGAAACAGGGUGGUAGUGGUAGCUGAGAGAGUCCAAUGUCCUGAGAAUGAAGUCUACGAUCCGUUCUCAUCGGAUUGUCGCAGAUUGUCGUGUCCUGAAGGCUACCUUCUCAAAGAGAAUGACUGCGUGCCCGACUUCAAGGCACUAGGACAGGGUUGCGGGGAUACUGGUAAUAGCGACAUAGAAAUGGAAGUGACAGUCGAUGUGGGCGAGCUGUGCCGGGACAAUCUCACAAAUGUUGAAGAUGAUCCAGUUGGAAAUAUUGAGCUCUGUCUUGAGGAGUUUCUUGGAUUGGAUAAAGGCUCCUUGCUGGUUAUAUCUUCUACUCCAUCACCGGCCGAUGCCACUCCAGGACUCACUAAUAAUUGCACAGAGGGGAUGCAGUUUUCAUUUUCCGUCAACACAACUGUUAACACAACUUUGAUGGACUUCCGAAGUGUCUCGAAAUUAAUCCUUCCGGAUUCGUCACACUGCCAAACCAUCGCUUCUCGCCAAACAUGGUCUGUAAAACUCCACCAGAACUGCAAGGAUCUUCCCAAAUACAAAUGCCCCGGGAUCUGGUUAAACGAUACCGAGUUUUCCCUCCCUUCGGAAAAUGGUACAACCCUUGUCUACGUCAACGAUUCCGCGUCUUGGUACGCGCUGAACCAGGCGAUAAUACGCGCCAACUUCCAAAAAUGGGAAAAUUCAUUUAAUCAAUUUACUGACGUGCAGAUAUGUGCCGAUCCAGUUCUAGCUUGCCCGCGUGUGGCUCUAAACUCGUCUCUUUUUGAAGAGGAUGAAAACGAUCCAGGAUCGCUCAUCUACAUCCCAAUGAAAAAUGUUUUCAGGAUGGAUGAGUAUAUCAGAACAGAAGAUGGCCAAAUUGAAGUGUGUUCCUUUUAUGAACCCAACGGCACCAAAAACAGCACCACAACAAGGAGAUUUUUAGUUUUUUCAAGGCCGCAGCAAGUUCUUAGCCUCAUCGGUAACAUAAUUUCGAUGGUAGCUGCAGCCAUAACUUUCAUCACAUACUGUGUGUUUAAGGAGCUUAGGAAGCGGAUCAGCCUGGCGAUAAUGUCUCUGGUUGCUUGUCUCUUUCUGGCGCAGUUGCUUCUUCUGAUCAGCGGCUCUGCAACCAGGAACCCGCAAGCCUGCACAGCAGUGGCAGUCUUGGGCCACUUCUUCUGGCUAGCCACGGUUCUCUGGACCGGGGUCUUGGCUUUCUCUCUCAACCGAGUCUUCGCCUCUAUCUCUCAAAUUCGGAGAAUUGACGCCGACUUGAGAGUCUACGGUCUUCAGGCCAUCUUCGCAUUCGGUGGAGCCACACUCAUAGUCCUCCCCUGCCUGAUAAUACAUCUCUGUGGUUGCGCAGACCUCCCAUUUUGGUACGGUAGCGAGAGCGUCUGCUGGAUUGGCAAUGGCUACGUCAAUCUUGUAACCUUCGGAGUUCCCAUAGGCCUGACGGUUCUUGUGAACACCGUGCUGUUCAUCUUAACCAUCCACGGAAUGCGAGCUUCGAAGAAGCUGACCCAAUCAGUGACAGACAAGUCGGAAUUGCAAAAGAUGCGGGAAGAACUUUUUAUCUAUAUCAGGAUUUCCAGUCUGAUGGGCUUCACAUGGAUCUUCGGCUUUGCAGCGGCAUUCAGUGACGUCACCGCUCUCUGGUACAUCUUCAUCAUCCUCAACUCCUGCCAGGGGCUUCUCAUCUUCCUCUCCUUCAUCUGCAACAAGAGAGUCUGGCACCUCUGGAGGAACCGCCUUCGCCGUGAUAGCUGGAAACCUUCGACGUCGGGACCCACGACCAACACGCCGCUGAAACCCAAAAGCGGCAAUACUUUGUCGUUAGAAGCAACCAGUCAUGUUUAAACGUGACAAACAAUGCCUGCAGGGCCCGAUGAGCCAUUUCCAAAACCUCGGUUUCGGCAUACUGCGUGGCUCCUUUACUUUUAGGCCGCUAGUUGUAGAACAUUAGUGCUCAUGCAGACUAGCUAACUAUUAUUUGAAAGUGCUCAAUGAUUGUAAAAUAUGAAAAUGGUUUCGGUUGCUGAACACCAUGACAUACUGUGCAAAAACUGGCCUGUCAUUUGGGCAAUGAUUGAGGGCGCUAGAACGGGUUCGAUUCUAAAUCGCCCUCAUUAGUCGACCGAGCCCAAUAGUGCACUGUGAUUGGCUAGUUGUAGUCCACAACUGAUUGUGCACGCACAGAUUACCUAUUUCCAUUGGAUAUCAUUGUUAUAAUUUAAAUAUAAUGUGUAUAUAUGUUAUAAUUUUAAUUUAAUGUAUUAUUUUAAUUUGAUAAUCGAGCAUGAGUCUUUCAGUACUUAUUUUUCUUUGCUCUGACGCGACAUUUAAAGAGGAGCUCUUUGUGCUAAGAAAAAUAACACUCACAAAUUUACACUUUUGUAAAUUUAUGUUAGCCGUAAUAUUCUUCAGCUGCACAUCAUUUAUACAUCAAUGAAAACAGAAACUUUAUUUAAUUGUUAAUUAAAAGGCUAUACCCAUCGCAA